AUGGAGAAUGUAGGAAAUGGAAAUGGGAAUGAGGACGAAAUACCAAGGAUACAAAACCCACCUGUCAUAAAUGACAAUGAUAGGUCCAUGAUGGACUUCAUCAUACCUGUGUUGGAUGAGUUAGAUCCAAGCAUUGCCCAACCUGUGAAUGAAGUACCCUUUAAGCUAGAACCAGUGAUGUUCACCAUGCUCCAAAACAUGGGGCAGUUCCAUGGUCUGUUGAUGGAAGACCCACACAAACACCUUAGGAAUUUUAUAGAAGUGGCCAACACUUUUAGGAAUCCUAACAUCUCAGAUGAUGUGCUGAGAUUGAAGCUCUUCCCUCAUUCACUGGCUGACAAAGCCAAAGAGUGGUUAAGCUCCCUUCCAUCCAACUCCAUAACUAAUUGGCACACAUUAGCUGAAAAAUUUAUCAUGAAAUUUUUCCCAUCCAACAAGAUAGUGCAAACUAGAUGUGAUAUCACCAACUUCAUGCAGAAGGAUGGUGAGACCUUAGUGGAUGUGUGGGAGAGGUACAAACUCCUUCUUAAGCAAUGCCCCAACCAUGGUUUACCCUCUUGGGCAGUGUUACAGACCUUUUACAAUGGCCUGAGUACUCAAAAUAGAGCCUUAGCAAAUUCUGCUGCUAAUGGCUUGUUUAUGUCCAUGUCCUUUAACCAAGCCCAUGAGUUGUUGGAACAAAUGACUCAAAAUUAUUCUCAAUGGCCUGAAGAGAGAAAUCAGUCUAGGAGAAUGGCUGGUUUACAUGAAAUAGAUCCGGUAACAGCCCUUUCAGCCAAGUUUGAUGCACUGUCCACUUUGGUGAGAUCCCAAGGACAAGCCAUUGAGGCAAAAUUGUCUCAACCUCAAGUUCCAAUACCUACACCUCAAGUGCCAGUGACCCAACCUCAAGUCAAUGCAGUGAACACAGGUGAAACUUGUGUUUGCUGUGGUGGCCCCAUUUGUUUGGAAGCUGUUGUUCAACCUAGUGAGAUGUCUAUUGCUCCACCUUCUUCCUUAGAAGCUUUGUUAAGGGAAUAUUUGGUUAAGAAUGAGACUAAGCAAAACAGCUUGGAAGCUGUUGUCCAAAGUAUUCCUGCAUCUUUGAGGAAUAUAGAAUCCCAACUAGGCCAUUUAGUAAACACUAUGAAUACCAGACCCCCUAGUACUCUGCCUAGUAACACUGAAGAGCCUAGGAGAAAUAAAUAG